AUAUAUUUUCGUUCGUGUUCCCAACACUAAACUGCCGGCGAGUAAUUCGGUUCAAAACCAAAACCAAACCCUCUCAAGACCAUUAGUUGACUUUCUAAUGACGUUACUUUACCGCUAACUCCCCGUCGCACUCCGUUACUUUACUGGUGGCUCCGUUUCCAAAUCUCAUGGUUGUUGCACGGCAGCUCCGCCUUUCUCCGCCACCUUCCGUCACCGUCUCUUCCAUCCUCUACGACCCUACCUCUCUCUCUCUUGCUCUCAUGCACUCCGACUCCUCUUUCUCUCUCUAUCCUCGCAUCUCCCCUCUCUCUCCUCCUCCUCUCCACUCCGCCACCACCACCGCCGCCGUCGUUUCUCCCCCGUCCUCCGCUGCCGCCUUCCUCCGCCUCCGCCGUAACGACACCGUUCGUGUAAUCUUCCUUGUCGCCUCUCCGCACCUCGCCGGAAGCUCGAUACUUCUACGAUUUUAUAUGCUUCGUACGGACAAUCAAUUCUCUAGGGUUAGGGUUAUAUGCAAUCAGAGUGAUUUGGAUUUCGAUGAGAGGAAAUUCGGUGUUUUGGUUAGGGUUAAUCACGGUGUUUCGGUUAAGCUAGCGGCUUCGAUUAAUGUGUUCGCGAUGUACUCUGUUUCAGACCGGAAAGUUAGGGUUUUCGCGGUGAAGGUUAUGGAGGGAGAUGUGGUGAAGUUGAUGAAAACUGCGGUGAUUGAUUGCGAUUUGCCGGUUUUUUCGAUCAGUGUUGAUAUAGGGUUUUUGAUUUUGGGGGAGGUGAAUGGAGUUAGGGUUUUGCCAUUGAGGCCUCUUGUUAAGGGUCGGAUCAAGAAAUCGGAUAAACCGAAGGUUCAGAAGUUUAAUUUGGAGAAUGGUAUAAUGCUGGGAAGCAAUGGGGGCUCGGUAUUGUAUGCGAAAUCUUGGAAAGUUAAUGGUAAUUUGGAAGAGAAGAUUGGGAAACAUUAUGAUAAUUCUGCAAAGUUGAAGCCUGUGAAAAUGAGACAAAGCUCUCAAGAAGGUGGUGUUCGAUUUGUGCCAUUUAAGAGCAAAGGGUUUGAGGAUUACAAAUCCUCAAAAGUACCAUUGGAGAUGUCAAUAAAGGCGAUUUCCAUCCAGUUUUUAGGUCAUAAUAAGUUUCUGAUUUUGGACUCUGUUGGAGAACUGUACCUGCUAUCGUUGUCUCAUGUCUCUGGGUCGGAAUCAGUUCAUGAGAUGAAGAAGUUGACUCUCACCAUGAAAGUUCAAAAUCUAGCGGUUUUUCCUGACGAUUCUACAAGUCCUCAAACUGUUUGGGUAUCAGAUGGACACUAUACUAUACAUGCCAUAAUUGUAUCUGAUACGACGGAUUCUACUGCCAAUGAAAAUGACACCAAGGACAUUGAAGAAAAGAUUCAACGCUCAGCCACUCAAGUGAUAUUUACAAGUGAAAAGAUUCAAGAAAUUAUUCCCUUAUCUGCAAAUGCAAUGUUGUUGCUUGGACAAGCCAAUAACAUCUUUGCUUAUGCAAUAUCAUAGUGAUGCUGAUUUUCUUUCCAAUCUGGUAUAUAUGCUCGAUUCAUAUUUUCAGUUUGUAGUAAUUAAUCACGUGACUCGGCGUAUAUCUUCGAUCACACAUUGAUGAGUUUUUCCGCUUAUGAAGUUCCUUGAUUGAUCUUUUUGUUUAAAGAGUGGAUGCCAUUUGUUCUCUUCCAAUCAUACCGUUUCAUUGUUAUAUUUGACCAAUUGUGAGCUUCAGUUGUCUCUCAUGCUUAAAUAUAGUGCAAAUGUUACUGUCGACACGGAGCUCUGGAAGAGAAUGUUGUGGAACCUGUUUGGUGGAGUGCUGUUUAAGUUUUACAGUGAGCAGGAGCGCGUUUGUCAGCGGUUCAUGCCACCUAAGCAAGUAACAUGCUCCCGAACACAUUAAAGACAUAUUUGUGACUAAUUGAAUUGAACUUGAGCUUCUGGGACUCGAGUCAACAGUGGGAGGAUGAUUCACCAGAAGUUUAAAAGGUGUGAUUUAUUAAAUAAUAUGACAUUGUUAUUAUUAUUCCAAAAGUGCAGCAUUGAUGCCAUCGUUAUGUUUCGUUGUCUAGUUUGAAAUCCUGGCUUUUAUUCGAUUAGCAUAAUUAACAUUGGUAUUAGGUUGUUUGACGUAAUGCUUCUUUGAUCUUUGGACUGGUGAAUUUGAUGACCGAAGUUUCUUA